UAUUUCCUUAUUAUUUAAUUUUAGUAAAGACUGCUGAAUAAAACUAAAAUUUCUACAAAUUCUCAAUUUAAAUUAAAAGAUCUUGUCAAAUGUUGGUUACGAAAAGAUGCUUUUAUUGCUGGACAAUACAACAUUGAAUAAUAUUAAGGAAUCAACAGUUUAAACUAGAGGAAACGGAUCUAAAAAUCACAAAAUUGUUUACAAUUAAAUUUAGGAAAAUUGUUUUAAGUAUUACUUGGAACCAACUGGAUAAAUAAAUAUUAGCCCACCCCAGCAUCGUCCAUUAUAAUUAUAGUUACAUACACAGAAAUUCACACACACAUACAGAAUGGCAAAAGAUUUUUAUAAAACAUUGGAAAUUCCGAAAACUGCCACUGAUGAAGAAAUCAAAAAAGCCUACAGAAAACUGGCGUUACGUUAUCAUCCCGAUAAGAAUAAAGCCGCCAAUGCUGAAGAGAAAUUCAAAGAGGUCGCUGAGGCUUAUGAAGUGUUAUCGGAUAAAAAUAAAAGGGAAUUAUAUGAUAAAUAUGGCGAAGAUGGUUUGAAAAAUGGAGGUGAGAACUUCGACUUGGAUACGGAACAUGAUUUCUUUUCAUCUCCUUUUGGUGGUUUGGGUUCACGUCAUGGUCUCGGUGGUGCGUUCAGAUCACAUUCAUUCAAUGUACACACGCCCUUCAAAAAGGAGAAACAACAGGAUCCACCGGUGGAACAUGAUCUGUACGUGACAUUGGAGGAAAUCUAUCAUGGCUGUGUUAAAAAAAUGAAAAUCUCAAGGCGUGUCCAACAGCCGGAUGGUACGUCGAAGAAGGAGGAUAAAUACGUGAGCAUAUCGAUAAAGCCAGGCUGGAAAUCGGGCACAAAAGUGACCUUCCAGAAGGAGGGCGAUCAAUCUCCUGGCAAAAUACCAGCCGACAUUGUGUUCAUCAUAAGAGAUAAACCACAUGCCAUGUUUAAACGUGAGGGAAGCGAUUUAAGAUAUACAGCCCGCCUUACAUUAAAACAGCAAUAA